UUGAGUUUGGCGCGUUCGGCAGAUUCGGCAAGACAGAGCCCCAAUAAGCUGGCUCUACCGUGUAGACUUGCGACUCAAAAUAGUGUAGUGCUUUAUUAUUUUUUUGGUUUUUGGUUUAGUACAAGGACUUCAACAAGAUGCGUUGGGCAAAACACAUCUUAUUUCUGUUGGAACUGAUACUAGCACUACAGUUUACGCUAUCUGAAAACACUGAAACGACAGAAAGUAUUACAAGUACAAGUACUACAGUCAACAUCGACGUUUCAUCAAACGAUAUCGCUUCAUCUUCAGAACACAACAAACUCGAUGCUAAUCUAAGAAGCGCAUUAUUAAAAGCCUUAACAGAAUUGGAAAAUGAUGACAGCAGCGAGAAUCCAUUUUUGGACGAGGCAAAAAAUAUCGAAAAAGCUAGAGCUAGCAGUAUCGCAAUUGUCACUAAAACAGACAGUACCAAUGAACAAUCAGUUUACCGAUUGGUACAUUCCAAUGCAACGCAGCUCGAAAAAGAAAACAGCGAAACCACAAAAACCUUAUCAAGCAGAGACACGCAGAAAAACGAUGACAACGAUGAUCCAGGGAAUUCUGUGGACCCUGCCAAGAGUUCUGAAGUUUUCGUCACCAGUUCUUCUAACAAUUUCGUUAGCGAUGAAAACAGAAGUCCGGUUUAUAUAAAACUGGCUAGUUCCAACUCGUUUAAUUCCAUAACGGAACCGGAAAAGCCGUCAAAGAGCCUUCCAGGUGAAAAAUCUUCAAUUCAAAACGAAGAAGAGAAUAAACAGAUCGAAACGACAACCGUGGCAAUUAUAACUUCGUCUACUGAAGAAAACGAAGCCAAAGUUGAACAGGUACAGUUUUUUUCCGCACCCUUGGUAGCUGCAUUUACCGUCCACCAGGAUGAACAGGGUCAACCAAAGAAAGUUGAACCUAUUUUUAAAAGUAGUUUGGAUCCAAUCAAGCAAGAAAGCAAGGGAGAGGCUAGGCCAGUAGUUCCACGAAGCCAGCAACCUCAGCAACAGCCACAGUCCCAGCAACAACAGAAACAACAACCGCAACAACAGCAACAACUGCUUCAAUCUCCCGAGUUUAAUAAUUUCGAUCUCAAGAAGAAACAACAAAUUUUGGAACUAGAACUGGCCAACAUACGCAACCAACAAACUUUGCAAGAUGAAAGCUUGAAACUGCGAAACAGCAACCCAUCUUUCACAUCUAACAGCUUCCCUAGUUUUAAUCAAAACUCAAAUUUCCAGUCUCUACUACAGAACGGUUUUAACCAAGGCAAAACUCAACAUUUUAAACAACUUGAACCAGUGUUUAGUGAACCAGAUCGAAGCAUUGUUACCAAACUGGCUUCUGUAGAUCCUGAAAAACUUUUAGACGAAAAUGCAGUGUCGAUUUUGAAUAAAUUCAACCCCAAUAACUUUCAAUCGAAUAUUAAGAAUUCUGCGGAUGUAUCUUUCUUGCCGAGUGUUUCUUUUAAUCCUUUGGUAGAAGCCAGGAAUACUCUACCAGUCGUUCAGUCUUUUUUGUUACCCAACAAAGAGAAAUCUUCUAAGUUCAGACCAAACCAGAUAGAAGGUUUUAAUACAAACUUUAACAAUAUUCCUAUUUCGUUACCGACUUUAAGUGCUCCAGUCAAUUUUCACAGUAAUAAUCAGAACUUUUUACCAAGUUCUAAUCUGAUACCACCCAAUAUCAGGAGUAACAUUGCUAAAAAUACUCAGGUUCAGAAUACGAACAAUUUUCCAAGCUUUAAUAACCCAAACCAAAACCUGUUUCUACGACAGGAACCCAUUAAUAACGGAUUUGGUCAGAGUACUUUCUCGAUACUACCCUCAGACGAGCCUUUUAGACCAAAACAUGAGAUCAGCCUAGUCAGAACAAACGGGUUCUUAAGACAGAAUAACGAAAUUUCUUUCCUGUCUCCUAAACUCAAUUCGAAUCUCAAUCAAAACUCAGGGUUCUCUGCUUUCCAGCCUCAAAACUUCAAUAACAAUCCUCAAAGCAGUCGAUUUUUGAGGUCAAACCAUGAGGGAACUGUGACGAAUUUGAACAGUUUUAACAUUCAACAAAGUGUUCAACCGUUUGAAACUCAGAGCUUCGCAGCUUUGGUUCCUAAUACUAGGGUUUUCAGGUCAAAUCAAGAGUCGAGUUUUUCUAAUAACGAUCCCAAUGAGGUUCCUAUAGGAUUAACUCCACCAAAAAUCACGUUUUUCGAUAAUUCGUUUGGUUUUAGGAACUUGUAGGAACGAAUCAUCUUGUUGAAUCAAGCAAGUGUGGCAUUGGUACAGAUUGUACGUAUUUAUUUGUAGAGUUAGAGCUCAACCAUGAUGUCGUUCAUCUCCAGUAUUUUACAUAAACUAAGUCAGCUUAUCUGAUUGUUUUAAGUGUUAUUUUUAAUAUUAUAUGGACUUUAAAUUGUACAUUCACAGUUAUUAAAAAUAAUGAAGCAAAAAUUAGCUGGGCACAAUAAUUAUUGUUAAGAUAUAAAUGUAUAAAAAAUCUUUAUAAAUUUAUUGAUUGUUAAUAUGCCAUAUUUCUUUCAAAUUUAGAACAAUAGUAUAUUAUGUGUAGAUAAAAUGGAAAAUAAACAAAAAUUAUCAUAUAUAUUCAAAAUCCAACUUCUGAUAUUAGUUAUGAUUUAUGUUUAACUUGAGAUAUGAAAGGAUAUAUGUAAAAUGAAAAAAAAAUCGAAUAAAUUAUGAUAUUUUAGAUGAUGUAAACUAUAACUCUCAAUUAGUUUAAUAGUUUUAAUAUAUCAGUAAUUGUUUAGACAUUUUUCAAAUUCAAGUUCUUAGUUUUUAAGGACGUAAGAUUGUUAUGUACAAAAAAUAAUAUUUAUUGUUAUAAUUAGGUAUAAUUAAUGGAAAGUCAUUAUUAUUUAUGUGUAUCGAACUUUGUUGUUAUAUUUUACGAAUUUACGUUAUAUAUAAAUAAAAGUAUUUUAGAAAA